UUGCGUGCGUGACUGUGUGUGUUUUUUGAUUAGUUGUCAAGUCCAACUCGUUUCACUGAUUCGUAAGCACAAGUGGAAACUCCGCAGAGAAUAUGGGUUUAACUAUUUCUAGUGUUUUAACCAGGCUUUUUGGCAAAAAGCAAAUGAGAAUUUUGAUGGUUGGUUUAGAUGCUGCCGGAAAAACUACAAUUUUGUACAAGUUGAAGCUGGGCGAGAUCGUGACGACAAUUCCGACAAUUGGUUUCAAUGUCGAAACGGUUGAGUACAAAAACAUCUGUUUCACCGUAUGGGACGUCGGCGGUCAGGAUAAAAUUCGUCCACUCUGGCGCCACUACUUCCAGAACACGCAAGGACUGAUAUUCGUGGUGGACUCCAACGAUCGGGAGCGAAUUGUGGAGGCCGAAAAAGAACUACAAAGUAUGCUGCAGGAGGAUGAACUGCGAGAUGCCGUCCUGCUGGUGUUUGCCAACAAACAAGAUCUGCCGAACGCAAUGACCGCCGCCGAGUUGACUGACAAGUUGCAUCUAAAUCAGCUUAGAAAUAGACACUGGUACAUCCAAGCAACCUGCGCCACCCAAGGCCACGGAUUAUACGAAGGUCUAGAUUGGCUAUCCAAUGAACUGGCGAAGAAAUGAUGUGCUGCUACUAGUAUCGAAAGAAGGGACACCAAUCAGCCGCAAUUAUUUACAACACACAUUAGUCGGUUUGUAUUUCCUGUAAACAACAUUUUCUACCAAUUUAUUUUAUAAAAUGGUUGAUUGCAUUUUUCCGGAUCCAUAACAAGUAUGAAGAACACGACGUUUUAUGUUCGGUCAUUGAAUUGAAACAAUAAGCAGAAGCGUAUGAUAGCUGUAUUUGUAUAUCAUUGGUCUUUAUUUCUAAUAGAAGAAAGAAGCUGCAACUACCCUUAGAAGGAAACAGUUUAUUUCGUAAUUGUAAUAACUGAAGCAUGAAUAAAAACGACUGCAUUAAUCUUGGCAAAAAAUCAUGUAAAUUGAUCGGUAUGUGUUGUAUGAACCAAGUAGACACAGGUUAUUGAAAACACUACAUUAAUUAUUUGUAAAUUUUAAGUGAUAUUUUACUAUAACAAUAAAAAAAAAACAA